CGGCUGCUGGCGGCCAUGAAGCGGCAGAACGUGCGGACCCUGUCCCUGAUCGUCUGCACGUUCACCUACCUGCUGGUGGGCGCCGCCGUGUUCGACGCGCUCGAGAGCGACUUCGAGAUGCGCGAGAAGGAGCAGCUGGAGGCGGAGGAGCGGCGGCUGCAGGGCAAGUACAACAUCAGCGAGGACGACUACAGGAAGCUCGAGACCAUCAUCAUGGAGGCAGAGCCGCACCGCGCGGGCGUGCAGUGGAAGUUCGCCGGGUCUUUCUACUUCGCCAUCACCGUCAUCACUACGAUAGGUUACGGCCACGCGGCUCCAGGCACGGAUGCGGGGAAGGCCUUCUGCAUGUUCUACGCGGUGCUGGGCAUCCCCCUGACGCUGGUGAUGUUCCAAAGCCUGGGCGAGAGGAUGAACACGUUCGUGAAGUACCUGCUGAAGCGCAUCAAGAAGUGCUGCGGCAUGAGGAUCACGGAGGUGUCCAUGGAGAACAUGGUGACGGUGGGCUUCUUCUCCUGCAUGGCGACGCUGUGCAUCGGUGCAGCCGCCUUCUCCCACUACGAGGACUGGAGCUUCUUCCAGUCCUACUAUUACUGCUUCAUCACCCUGACCACCAUCGGCUUCGGGGACUUUGUGGCACUGCAGAAGAACCGAGCGCUGCAGCGGAAGCCCCUGUACGUGGCCUUCAGCUUCAUGUACAUCCUGGUUGGGUUGACGGUGAUCGGAGCCUUCCUCAACCUGGUGGUGCUGCGAUUCCUCACCAUGAACAGCGAGGACGAGCGGCGGGAUGCCGAGGAGAGGGCGUCUUUGGCAGGAAACAGGAGCAGCAUGGUCAUCCACAUUCAAGAGGAGACGACGCAGAGGAGCCGGCGGAGACGGGAGCAGCAAAGGCAGCAGCAGCAGAGGUACAGGUCGGAGGUCACGGACCUGCAGUCCGUUUGCUCCUGCAUGCACUACCAUGAGUUCGGCAGCUCAGCCGCUCUUGCUCCGGGAGGUGGAGCGGGAGGAAUUGGAAGAGCGUUUUCCCACCAGAACUCCUUCAGCUGCCAGCUGAGUCCAAACCAAUACUUUCACUCCUCGGUGACGUACCGCAUCGAGGAGAUUUCACCAGAAACGCUGAAGAACAACUUCUUGCCUUCCCCCAUCAGCUCCGUAUCCCCCGGCCUCCACAGCUUCACAGACAACUUACGCCUGAUGAGACGGCGCAAGUCCGUCUGAACGAACCCGCCACCCACAUUCUUCCCAGUCUCCCCCCAUUUUCAAUAACAGUAUUUAUUCAGUAAUAGAUAAAAAGCGGUCACUGUUGAUACCCAAUCUGCGUUCCCUGUCCAAUC